GCUUUUAGUAACAUGGGGCAGUUCAACCACAGAUGUGGUUAAAGGGAUUACAUGAUCUGGAGAAAACAGAGGAAUAGCGCUACUUUUCCCACAAUAUGCAUGAGCUUCGUAUGUAAUAAACGUCUCUGCGUAGACUCAGUCUGAGGACUGUAAGACCGCGCGCUUUAGCGUCCGUGAGAAGUUCAAAUCAGCCCGAAUUAAAGAAUCGAAACCAAGUCUGUCCGCUUUACUUUCGUUUUCUCUUCGCAGCCCCGGCGAGAUGCGACCUGAUGGGCACGGUGCAAAUGGAUGAAGAUGGAGGAGGUGGAUUUGGAGGAGGAUGUUAUGAAUGUAGUGGCCGAGGAGGCCACAGUAAUAGUGGACGUUCUGUGCAGAGAGAGGAGUAAUGUUUUGGAGCAAAUCUAUGGCCUGGUGGAACGCAGUACUCGUGACUGGCUUCAGAGCCUCCCAAGUCUCAGGGAAAGGGUUUUGGGCAUUGUGGAUUAUUUCAGGGCCUCAGAUCCUCAGAAAUGCUGCCAGUUUCUCCAAACCAUGUGGAUGUUUUGUCAGAGCAUUCCCUUGGACCUUGAAACAAAGGUGUUGUCCAUAGCUGGAUCUUCAUCUGGAGUGCAGGGCUGUUUUCCAGAGAACGAAAAUUCUCCACGAUCAUGUAACGUAAAACGUCUAUGCUUAGACCAGGUGGAGAGUUACACAAAUGCAGUUAAGCUCUUACUGCAACAGAAAUUUGAGAGGGUGACAAAGGAUGUAGUGAAGGAGGUUUGCCUGGAUGAGGCGUGGCUGUGUUUAAGGCAACGACAUUCUGCUCGAGUGAGAGACAAAUCUGCACAAGCUCAAGAGGGGGAAGAACCUUCAGAGCAUAAAGAGUCAGUUGAGUCUCUCUUGAGGACCACUGGCCGAGUGGUAGUACUGUUGGGUCAGGCUGGUUCUGGUAAAACUCUUCUGAUGCACUGCUUGGCCCAUCAUUGGGCCCAAGGCUUCUACCCCUCCAUUAAGCUUUUGUUCCUGUUGGAGUUCCGCCAGCUCAACCUUGUGUCACAGCCGUUGUCCCUGAAAGAGCUGUUGUUUAGUUUUUUUCUUCUACCUGAAGGUGGCGUUGAGCAAAGUGAGGCAGUUUUCAGUUACAUCCUAUCCAACCCAGAGAAAAUCUGCUUCAUAUUUGAUGGGUAUGAUGAGUUUGGGACAAAAUUCACAGAUCCAGAGAAGCUUCCUAGUCCUUUAGGCCCCUACCAACAGUUAUCAGUGACUGAUCUCCUGUCUGGGAUCUGUAGCUAUAAGAUCCUGCCCAAGUGCACUGUGCUGGUCACUUGCAGGCCACGGGAUGUGAUUGACCUAUUUGGGAGUUCCGGCUACUUUGUCGCAGAGUUGCUUGGAUUUAGUCAGCGACGUGUGAAGGAGUACACUGAGACGUACUUCCAAGAAAAGGGAAGUGAACUUAAAGAAAGGGCAGUUAAUUUGCUGAUGGGCAACCGUCAUCUGCUCUCCAUGUCUCAUGUUCCAGCACUGUGCCAUGUCUGUUGCAUCUGCUUGGACCACUUUCUCUCCGAAGACACAUCUCAGUCACAUGUAAAGCUGCCCACCUCCUUGACUCAAAUCUACCUUCACAUCUUGUCUGCCUUCCUUAGUCGUUGCCAAGGUGGAGGAAGCACCAACGUUUCCAUGCCUUUACUGCAGAAGUACAGGAGUCAGAUCGCUGAGCUGAGCAGACUUGCAAUGCAUGGCCUGGAGAACAGUCGCAUAGUGUUCCUUGCACAGGACCUCUCAACAGAGCUAAUGAACUUUGGUGCGAAUGCUGGCAUUCUGUCCCGUGUGGAUCUUACAUGUGCAGAUGGAUCCCAUCUGGGCUGUGCCUUCAUGCACCUCACUAUGCAGGAGUUUCUGAGUGCUUUGCACCUCAUGACAAGCCCUGGCAUCUCAGAGUCACAGCUCAAGAGGAAACUCAACUUGAAAAGCCGUUGGACUGCCAGGACUGAUCCCAAAACUGUUUUCACAGAUUCCCUUCACCUGUUUAUGUGUGGACUUGCCGCAAAAGCCUGCAGACCAAGUCUUGCCCUGCUGGAAGGGAGCGAUGAUGCCACAGCUGUGGUGAAAAAGCGACAGGAAACAGUCCUUAAGAUUUUGAGGAGCUUUGUUGGGACUGCCAGCCAAACUGGUCCCAAGAUUAUCGAGCUGUGCCGUUGUGCCCAUGAAACACAAGACGUCAGUUUGGCCAAGGAUGUGGCGUCAAGAACCACGUUUGAGCUGCGGAAUAUUAGGCUCAGCCCUGUAGACAUGGAUGCUUUGGCAUUUGUAACAUCGGCUGCCGAUCAGAUGGUCUGUCUGGACUUUGGUGGCUGUUCCAUUGAAUUAGAAUGUCUGAGCAUCAUUCCAAACUGCAAGAACCUAGAACACCUCAUUUUUCGUAGCAGGAAGUAUGACGACAAGUUUGCAGAGGCUUUGUCUAGUAUCCUGCCAGACCUCCAGGACUUGAAGCAGUUACACUUUAUCAGUGGGGGCCUUACUGAUACCGGAACGGAGAAGCUUAUCAAGGCUUUGGAGUGCUGUCCACAAAUCACACACCUUAAUGUCAGUGAUAACUCUCUAUCAGAUGAAGGUGUGAAAAUGAUUGCUGAUUUGUUCCCUAAACUGGCUAACAUAACAUCUGUCAUGUUGGGAAAGAACAACAUUUCCAGAAAUGGAAUUUUUAUGCUCGUCGAAAAAAUGGCCUCCAUUCUUAGCCUUCAGAAAGUCCAUGUCAGGGGAAAGAAGGAAAUCUCAGUUAUGUUCUCUCCAAACUCACGUAAACCAAGUGUGAGCACAGAUGACCCUAAGGACACCGAAGAUCCAAAGGAACUAAUCUUGAACAACUACGAUCUUAAACUGACUCAUUUGACCAAACUGUGCAGCAAACUCAGAGGCUGCUCCUCUUUGAUCAUCCUAAAUUUGUCAAACAACUCCCUUGGUAACAAGAGUUUGAAGAAGCUUCUUGAGCUGUCGAGGCUUGGGACCAUUCAGGAAAUCAAUGUCAGUGACAAUGAAGUGGAUAUGGAUGGACUAGUUUCUCUCUCAGCUUCUCUCAAUACUGAGAAAAACUUGAGAGAAAUCAAUGCUAGCCACAGUGGAAAGCAGAAGAUGAUCUUGAAAUUAAACAGUAGCACAAGAGGUGCAUUAAAACCAUUAAGCACUGAUGGGUCUGAUUUACACCUCUGCAAGAAAUUCAGCUUAACUCACAGUGAUAUCCAUCCUACUGACAUGAACAGGCUGUGUAAGAAUCUGGCCAAGUGCAAACAUUUGCUGGAACUGGAUUUCUCCCAUGGAACCUUAAAGGAUGAGUCAGUUGAGAGGCUCCAAAUGCUCCUUCCAGGAAUGACAUCGCUCCAGCUGCUAAAUUUAAGUUACGUUCAGAUGUCGACAGACGGUGCUCUGUUAUUGGUCCGAUCACUUGCUGAUUGCCCGCGCAUCACAACCAUGGAGCUCAGACAACAAGGAGAAUCAUUUGUUAGAUUUCGCCAAAUCACAGCAGGUGCAGCAACUUGCAAGCUUAUUCAGUAUAAACUAAAUGGUGACAAUGUAAAGGACCUGUCAGGGAUACUGGAGCACUGUUCUUACCUUGCAGAUCUGGAUUUGUCCAGUAACUUCCUUAGAGAUGAGGAUGUGAAGAGCUUUGUCAAUUUGCUGCCCAGACUUCAGAUUUCUAACUCACUGAGUCUCAGCAAUAACAAACUCACCCAACUUGGAGCACUCUACCUCGUGAAUUCACUGAACUCUUGUGAGAAGGUGGCUGCUGUGGACGUCAGUCUUGGAGCAGAGGAGCGGGUUCUGAUUCGCUUUGGGCAGGAGAACAUCACAGGCAAAAUGCUUAGUCUAAGGGAAUGUGAUUUUGAGAUGGACCACUGGAAGAAUCUUUUGGAGAUACUGAACAAAUGCCCCAGUGAGCUUAAACUAGAGUUCUCGUCAAAUGUUCUGAACAAUCAAAGCCUUAGCUUUCUAUUGAAUAACCUGGCCAAGCUGUCCUCUGUACGAACUCUAGAUCUAAGGAACAAUGGUUUGAAUGCCGAGAUGAUUAAGCAUUUGGUUACGCAGCUGAGAAGUGAUUGUGACUGCAGAACCAUCCAAAUCGAGGAGCCGUGGAUAAAAGCAGAAGCUGCUGUUCGCCUUGUGUCCAGCUGUCUGGACCUCAACUCACACAUAAGAGAGAUCAGAGUUGAAAAAACAUGUUUUGAGAUUUCUCUUGAAGGCCUCCCCUCCAGCGCUCCUUCUGAAAACGGGGAUUUCUCUCAGUCUACUGUUCGAUUUAUAAGUUUUGGAGACUGUGAAGUGGAGGGGCAGCACUUGACCUUCCUGCAGUCAACUCUCCAGAAGUGUUCCUCCUUGCUGAAAUUACAUUUUUCUCAAACAACACUGGGCACAAAUGGGGCAGAGUUUUUUUCUUCAGUUCUGCCCUGCCUGAAGAAACUCAAGACCCUCAGUCUUCAUUCCAAAGGAGAAGGACUAGAUGAAGCAGUAAUAUUUGCAUUACAGAGUUCACAAAAGCAUCUGGAAAAUUUGAGUUUGUCCCACCAUGUAAUCAAUGACAGUGAAGCUGCAAAACUAGGCAGUGCCCUCCAGGGUUGGACACAAAUGAGAUCACUCAAUCUCUCACACUGCACUGGCUGGACAGCAGCAGGAGGUUAUAAGCUGGUUUGUGGACUGGUGCACUGUAUCACUCUGGAAGAAAUGCGGCUUGACUCGGUGGCACUGGAUGAAAAGAGUGCAGUCUGCCUGGCCCAAGGGAUUCGCACUAUGACUUCACUUAAGAAGAUCAGUCUGAAUAAAAUCCAGGUCGAGGUUGUGGAGGGCAGUGGGGUCCUGUGUCUGCUGGCUUGUCUGCAGUCACUGGAUGGGCUGGAGGAGUUAGAGUUGGAGGGGUUGAGAAUGGGUGAUCAAGGAAUCAAGGAGCUUGUGAAAUACAUCCCUAAAUGGACCACACUGAGAAAAAUAAAUCUGUCAGAGAACUGUGUGAGUGAUCAAGCUGGAGAGAUGCUGGUCAAGGCGUUGUCCCACUGCAGAGCACUGCAGCAACUACAUCUCUUCAGAAACAAGCUUGGUCAUGAAUUUGCUGUUCGACUGGGUCAGGUUCUUCCAUCCCUGCCCCAGCUCUCCGAACUGGACCUGUCUGAGAACCAGAUUGGUCAGAAAGGAUCCUUAAGUCUUAGUGAGGGUCUGGUCAGCUUGAAGACCCUGAAAAAGCUGUGUUUGACCGCCAUUGGAACCUCAGACUUGAUCUGUAUUGCUUCUUGUCUGAAACACUGCACGUCUAUAGAAUCCAUAAGCUUGGCGUGGAAUGAGUGUGGAAAUGAUGUGGCAGAGAAACUGGCCGAGGUUCUGCCUCAGUGCAGUACGCUGAAAAAAAUUGAUCUGGAGGCCAAUAAUAUCAACAUAACAGGAGCCAAAGCACUUGUUAAAUGCCUGCAAUGCUGCCCUUGGAUUGAAGUAAUCAGGCUUUGGAGGAAUCCCAUUGUAAAGGAUGACCAGAUUUUGAGGGACCAGAGAUUGAAUUUCUCACCAACCUAAUCUGAAGCACUCCUGUGUGUUUAGGCAUGAUUGUAUUACACAGUUUUAUUUAAAUUGUUAUUUAAGUGUAUUUGCUUUCAUUGGAAUGUGAAGGUAUUUUGUUUACAUUUAUUUGGAGAACACAUUACCUCACUUUAAGAAUCACCAUACCACACAGCACAGUUUGUCUAUUAGUCCAGGAUUCAGAGGUUAAUGGAAGCAAUGCACACAAUUCAUUUUUACACUUUUAAGAGGAAUUCCACCCAAAUUGUCUGCAUGAGGCAGCCGUUGAGAUGUAAGGAAUAUCAUUCCAAGUGGUUUGAUGUGAUGUAGAGAAACUUAGCUACUCCUAUUUGUGUCCAGUGGCAGGGAUAGGAACCAGGGGUCAUGAUGUCUACAACACAAACAUAGCUGUUUUAUUUUUUUGCUGUAUAAAACCAGUGAUCCCACAACUUUAAUAUAUAUUAAUAAUGACUAAAUAGUGGUCAAAUAUUGGUUUAUUUUGGGUGCUAUUAUGUCUAUGGUUUAGGCUAAAACAAUAUGUCAAAUGUUUCAUAAAACAGUGUCUCAGACAUUUUUGCAACAAUUUUGUAAUAAUUAGAAGUAAUAGCUUCAUGUGAGGUAGGUUUUAGAGUCCGAUGUCCAGGUUCCUCUCACCAACAAUGUGAACAAUUACCAAGCAUGUUUUAUCUAGAAUACCACAUUCACAUCACACUGCUCUGAAUGACUUUGUUUACAUCUUAAUGAAAAAUCAGUUCCCCUUUAAUGCAAUACAGACCGCCCACUGCAGAGCCAUGCCUGCAUGUUCACAGAAAUACUGUUGCAAAGUCUGUUUUUUUAAAAUACUUUCUUGUGAGUGAUCUUGAAGAGCACAGUUUUUUGGUAACCACAACAAUUCUGUCCUCCACAAAAUAAAAAUCUUGCAGAUAUGAUAAUCACACUCACACAGACGUUUCUAGUGUUCCAGACGAAUUGUUGUAUUUUUAGCCGUACACGGUUUCUGAAAACGUGAACAGGCAGAUUGGCUUUGACACGACAGAUUUAGCACUUUGAUGAAGACAGCUAUCAGUUAUCACCCAGUGAGAAGCCUCCUUCAGGCAUUCUUCCAUUGACCUUGCCUGGACGUCUCUUGGUUUGUGUUCUCCUGAUUUCUUAUUUAUUCCUGUGUAAACUUAAAGUUUGAGAUUUUGACAGACUACCUUGGUAAAGCCUAUUUGUGUUUCAGAAAAAAAUGUACUUUUAGUCAGGUUAACUGAAGAGUUUCAUGUCCUUUAGUAUUUGAUUUGAAAUUGCUUGUUCAAGCUCUAAUAGAUAUUCAGGAACCUCUAUGUGGUCUGCACUGUGUGCUUAAGGAGCCAUUUCAGUCUAAAAGUUGUAUGUAUUGUGUUAUUUCACAUGUUAUGCAAUAUUUCUCAGCCUCAUUGGGAAUUCUCUUCAGCAAUAGAGAUCAGCUUAUGUACCUCUGAUAUUGAGGCUAAUAUAUACAGAUGUGUGGUUUUCUUCUGCAUUUGCUAAGCUAGCAGGAAAAAACAUUUUAAAUAGCCUAGCCUGAGAUAUCCACCCAAAGCUCCUCCCACCUUCAAGAUGUAUCAUCAGAAAUGAGUUUUCCCAGUCUUUAAACUGAUUUUUACUGCUGUGGUACCACAAUAGGAGGAGAACAUGCCUGUAACACAAAGCACUGAUUACAUUUUUCAUUUUGGCUGGAGUGCCCCUUUAAAUAAUGAUUCAGUUCUUUUGCCUCUGUGUAGGGAGAAUUCUCACUUCUUCCAUUACUGAGGAAAACCUUGAAUUAAUUUAGCUCAUUUCAUCUGUCAUAUCGUUUUAGUAAUUAUUUUCAGUUGGUGCUCAGUUUGCACUAAAUGCAGUAAAUAGUAUGUCAGCCUUGAUGAUAUCGUGAUGUGUGUGUAAUAACCACUCUAAUGGAGCUGGAAGCAGGUGCAGGAAAAAUCUGUAGUAGAGAUUUGAAAGGUAAACAAGCACAACACCAAAAGAUUCACAAUCAGAGUGACAGUCAUAAUCUCCAGCAAGGAAAUUCAAGUCGCCAGAGUAAAGGCAAAUAGUGCUUAGUGAACUGGUUAACUGGAAGGCAGAGCUAUUGUUAAGAGGUUACUAAGAGAUACUGUAAAUGUCUGGAACACAAAGAUGUGAGAAUCCUGACACGUGAUUUAAAACAAUAAAUGACCUUAUAUUGUAUUGCACUUAGUUUAUUUUACCAUUUCUCAU